UCACGUGACUCGAACUUUAAGUGUACAUAGGUGGAAGUGAAUAGAUUUAACAGACUCUGCGGUGUGUAGGAGAUCGACAGGAUACGUAAUAUACAAGGUGUGCUGAAACACAGUUCAUUGUAACCAACAAGGACGAUACUGGGUACAACUCUAUCAUGGCCGGAGACGAAUCAGAAGGGGGGAAACGCUCGUUUGCAAAGAGUGCGAAAAAAGUCCUGCGUAACAACUUGCUCAUCAUCCUAAUGAUACUAGCUGUAGCCAUCGGGGUUGGACUAGGACUGGGACUAAGGGACGUAUGGAAGCCAUACGAUAAAAGAAAAAUAUUUUUCUUGAAAUUUCCCGGAGACUUGUUGUUGAACAUGUUAAAAAUGCUCAUAUUGCCGCUGAUCGUUUCUAGCUUGAUAUCUUCGCUGGCAUCACUAGACUCGCGGGCUUCAGGCAAGAUGGGACUGCGGUCAGUCGUAUAUUACCUUUCAACCACAUUUGUCGCCGUCAUUCUCGGAAUAAUCCUUGUUUUAGCUAUCGAGCCAGGGAAAAAGGGCAGUAAAAUAGACAAGAGCGGAUCCGCCAAGAAAGCCGAUGCCAUGGAGUCGCUUAUGGAUCUUAUCAGAAAUUGCUUUCCAAACAAUUUGGUAACGGCGUGCUUCCGAAAGGUUUGUAUUAGAGAUUAGCUUUUCAAAAUAACUAAAGC